AUGUUAGCAAUAACUAAAGCGCAUCUUACCUCCGAGGAAGAAGAAGCAGGUCACUGCAAAUUCUUCGCAGAAAACCUCACUGGCUCAGCACUUGAAUGGUUCUCGAGCCUCGAACCUAGUUCCAUAGAUAACUUCACCCAGCUCGAAGAACUGCACCUCAGACACAAUUCGGAUCUGGACGAUGCUCUACAUAAAGCCAACGCAUUUGCGAGAGCAGAAGAAGAAUAUGAAAUAUUCCCAGAAAAAUUUAACACUGGCCUAUUGGGCCCGAGAUCAAACUUCCAGGAUCAAUCUUUAAAUAGAGAACCUGAAGGUGAAAACAUAUACGAUGUUGCUAAUAACAACGAGCAGUCGAGCAGACGCUCCACGCAUGAUAAACAUAAAAGAAAUAGAGAUGCGGAUGAGGAUGACUCUCCCCCUCCCGCACUCAAGCAACAGAUCGAUAUGAUUUUCAGAGAGUUCAAACACUACAGUGGCUCGAUGAAAUCUUUAGACACCCUCCCAUAUGCUCCCAAAAAGACAAUAUGCCAACGCCUCAGCGAACUAAGCCUUUGCGGGGGGGGUGUAGAGGCAUAUGCCCCUAAAAGAAUUAACUUCAUAUCGGGCAGCUCAGAAUUUUGCCGAAACCCGGUAAACUCAAUCAAAGGUUUUCAACGAAAAGCUAGCUCCAGUUCGAAUUGUCCCCAAACUCUGACCGGACCGGACACCGAAAUCGCAUUCCUCGAAAGCGAAACGCUUAACUUGGAAAAACCACACGAUGACGCUCUCGUAGUCCAGCUCGAUAUAGCAGGAUUCGAGCUGUCAAGAAUAAUGAUUGAUACUUGA